UUGUUUAAUUUGACAGGCCAGAACGCCAUUGAGAUCGAGAACUCGCGCAUCACAUACUCUCUGUUCAACAAUGGCACAACAAAACUCGAUACCUUACCUGAUGCCAUUGAAAGUCUAAGCGAGAUCUACGAAGCCCAGGAGUCCACCGGUUAUACGCCACGAUGGUAUACGCGAUACUUUGACGCUGUACUUUCCCUCUACGCGACUCCCAAUAUCACUUUACGGCUUGUUGAAAAGGUUGACGAGAAUGGCCAGGAAGUCGUUUGCACUCCCACCAUCGCCGGUCUGCCAGCCCAGUACAUGUAAGCUAGUGAUCCUCGCCUCUUCCUUUACGCGUCAAAUACAGGUCCUUGAAAUACUCGUGCUUCAUAUCUUCACUUCAUAGCUUGCUCGCAAAUGGAAAAUACCUGUUGCUAAUAUUAUUGUGAAGUGUUCCUAAGGGACUUUUGACUAGAAACUCGCCGGUAUUACGCGCAAUGUUCUCGGAUCAGUGGAUGGAGGGACGAAAUGGAAUUAUCAACGUUCCAAUCAUGAAAGGAGUCAUAUCUAAGGCGUCUAUGGAGAUGUUUCUAUUCUUAUGUCUCAGAGAAACACUACCUCGCUUUACUGCAGAUGAAAUUCAAGACCAGAAGCGAUAUAUCAGCGUUCUCUUGGAGGUUGCCCGUCUUUCCGAUAUGUGGAGAAUGACUGUUACAAUAUCCCAAGAGCAGCCAUUUGGUUAUUUGAUUGCGGAGCAGAUUCGGGGAUUAAUCAUUGCGGGACGUUCCGCGCUUGAGCGGUCGACACAAUCACCAGAAUGCACAAAACACAUCCCACACAGCCUGUUCUAUACCCCGAAGCAUUUGGAUUCAGCCUGGAUACUACCAUCAGGACACCCUGUUCGAGAGAUGUUCCUGUUGGCGGCGGUGGUUCCAUAUCUCCUCAGAAUGAAAGACGACUGGGCCUUGGUGGCAAUUUUGGAGAAGGAAGGGGCUGCAGUGAGAUUGCUUGAGCUCGUUGGGGAUACUUUGGCUGAGAUCGCGCGAGAUACGGUCAGGCACGAGAUUUUUGAUCCCUUUUCGAGGGAGAUUUGGGACUGGAUUGUAUAA